UUAUGUAGAUAAAAUAACAAACAUGUAAACAUCACAUUACAUACUACGUCCUACACGCGUGGUAGUUCUUCUUCUUCUUCCUUUAGUACUUCCUGCGGCAUCCGCGGCUGCGGCAACGCGUCCUUCGCCGCAAACUACUGCCACCUCCGUUGCUUCACGAACAUUACACUAUCCACCAUAGGUUGAUGAUAUAUUUCGAGAAUAUGUUCCUCAAUGUGUUAUAAUCCAAUAUUAUUUGUCGUUGGUCAAGUCCAACAUUCCCUUUUGCCUCGUCCCCUUUCUUUGUUAUAUACUGUACAUUUUCAAAUAAAGUCGUUGCAGAUAAACCCGGAAGUGAUUCACGUACCCUCACGUGACAUCACAGACAAGGUAACAGUCAAGCAAUUAUUACAUUUAUAACUAUCUAUAAUCGAUUUGUUUUGCCUCGACACACCUAAUUUACUCUCCACUGAUUACCUUAUCCUGUGACCCAAAUUGUAUACAAACAACACUCUUUACACUUGUUAUGGACUUACAGGUCAUAAUCAACUAAAGACUGACUAGACGAUAACUCUCUCGACCAUAUUUACUCUUUGACUGCUUUAAAUGGAACCAUCAACUACUACUGUACAGGUGAAACCUUGCAGUCAGUUUUCGCUCAGGUUUCCUGCGUUUCAGCCAAACUUGCAAUUAAGUACAGUAAAGUAAUAUCAUGGUGGAUAUCAGCAAAACUGAAAAGGUUCAGUUGCACGUCCCAGAACUGGAGGAACUAAGUACUGUGUUAAAAAAAGGACUGGAAGAUAACUUUGCAGAAGUUACAGUGAGUGUUGUGGAAUGUCCGGACCUUACGAAGGAGCCGUUCUGCUUUCCUGUUAAAGGUUUGUGUGGAGGUCCUCGGGUCACAGAUGUGGGAGGAAAGCCUAACCUGCUACCCGUGGUUCAAAAGCACAAGGAGUAUGACAUGAAUGCAAUAUCAAAGGUGGUGGAGCUACCAGGAGCAUUUUUUCUUGGGGCAGGAGCUGCAUCUCCCAGAGUGGUGGGGAUGAACGCAGAGCUAAUACCUCUAGUUCUAACUGAAGCAGAAGGAAGGCCUGCAGUGAACAGCAGCUACUUUUCCUCCAUCAAUCCAGCGGAUGGUCAGUGUCUGCAAGAAAGAUACAGCGACAAAUUCUCAGACUGUAACUUUGCUCUGCUCGGGAAUUUUUACGCUUGUGAGGGAAAGCCGGGAAAGGUCAUUGAGGUACAUGCCAAGAAGAGAACCGGAGACUACAGCAUAGUGACGGCCUUGAGAAAGACUCUGGAAGUGGAGUACCCUGAUAAAAGCCUUGCUCUGGGGGGCACCUUCAUCAUCCAGAAGGGGAGAGCCAAACUCCACAUCAUGGUCAGAGAGUUCCCCGUCUGUCCACUGGUCACAGAUGAAGCGGUCAACCAUUGUCUGAAGCACUUUGAGGUGAACGCCCCCCUCAUCUGCCAGUCUGUGCUUGUAUCCAAGGACCCUGUGAGGACUGGACCUAUGUGUGGAGCACACACACUGCUUCAGCCACCAUGGAGAAGGUGGCCACUACUACAUCGACACCACACCGGACAGUGUGGAGUACCUGGGCUACUUCAUGCCUGCAGAGUUUAUUUACCGCAUCGACAGACCCUAAGAGACACAUACAGUGGCGAGAGAUUGAAAAAAAAACCUCAAGUACGACCUAGUGCUAUACAAUCACUCAAUUAUGAAGUACAGAACCACACAAUUGCAAAUGCUGUAAAACUCUUGAUUUUGAGUGUACAAUUUGAAAAGCACUACAUUUACAAUACAGAUGCGAUUUUUAUUUUCCAUGAACGAAUAAUGAAUGCCAAUAUGAAAUUAACAAUUAUUCCAACCUAGCUGUCAAGACAAGUCUUGCCUUAGGCUAUGUCUACACUAAUGCACAAAAUGUGCACACAGACAUAUCUAAUCUAACAAUUUGAGUAAGUAAACAUUUGUACUUGUCAAAUAACUUGAGGAUUCAAUACACCUUUU